AACAGCAAAGAAAAACAAACUUCAGACUGCAGUUAAAUGUUUGGUAACAUAAUUAUUGAUGUUCCAAUAACGAAAAUGCAAUUGUUCUAUAUCAUAGAGCUUUAUUUCUUGAUUCUGCGGUCCAAAAGGCCGCGAUUUAAAUUCUGUGCUGCUUUGCAUCCCACCUGUUUAAAAUUCUCAUAAAAUAUGCAUAAGGAAUCAAACAGGAAAUUACUGCUUUUAAGCCUUGUAGGCAAAGGCGACAUGUCCUAGCAUAAAGUUGUUUCGUCAAAAAUCGACUCGCAUCAAUUUAAAACGUACACGCACGCGCAAAAGCGCUUUCUUGCCAUAUCGAGGUGAACAAAAUAUUGGACUCCAGUGGUUCUAACUAUUCUCUACAUCUUUUAUACGAGGUGCGUUGAAUGUCAGUUGAUUUUGAUGUUGCCAUAGAAGAACCUGUUCUAUUUAUUCAAUUGGUUUUAUGUGUCUAAUGUAUGAUCAGAACCUGUUGCCAUGGACGUCUAAUACUUUGAAGACAACAUUGGGGUAGGUAAUUAUUACUUUGUUCAAGAUGUUUCUAGAGUUUAUCGAAGCAAAAAUGAGCUGAGACGAUCCAAGGAUAGCUGCUCUCUUAUCAUUAGCAAAUACCUAUUUGCUUCUAUCGAACUGCACUUAAUGAAACCUGAGCCUUGAGAAUUAGCAGUACCUAGGUAGCUGCUUACAAAAGAGACUAAAGAUGGGCAGUGGAAGCUCAAAACAGAAGGCCCAAAAAGAAGGGGGUAAAACCUAUCUGAUCCACACAGUCGAAGAACAUACAGCGGGGGUUAACUGCAUGGCAAUCACCCCGAAUGGGUCAAAAAUUCUUACUGGCUCUGAAGAUACGACAAUACGUGUCUUUGAUACACAAAACUUGGAGACAAGCAGCGUACUGAAAGGACAUGAGAAAUACAUAAACUGUGUUGUUUGCAGUGAUAAAUACGUGUAUUCAGCCUCUGCUGACAAAACAAUCCGUAAAUGGAAUAUAGAAACAGGACUUUGCGUGAAAACGUUUCGAGGUCAUACAGACGCGGUCAAUAAGCUAGUACUUAUGGGUAACGCGUUGUUCUCUAGUGGUUACGACAGCACGAUACGUGGUUGGGAAGUCGAUACUGGCGAGCUAUUACGCGUAUUUCAAGGCCACAAAAGAUUAGUGAAUUCGUUGGUUUACGUUCCAAGUGACGUAACUAAGGACAAGGAUUUUAACUUCGCAGAACUGGAUCAAAAUGAUGAUAGUUUAAUUAGCGGCAGUGCUGACUGCACGGCAAAAUUAUGGGCGCUGAAUUCAAGCGAAUGUGUGCUGACAUAUCGAGGCCAUAGUCAACCAGUGCUCUGCCUUACUGUCGAUGCUACAGGGAAUCAUCUGUACACAGGGAGCCAAGAUAACACCAUAAGGGCCUGGGAAGUGAUGACCGGCAAGUGUCUGCGGACAUUUACCGGACACCAAUCGUCUAUCAUCCAAAUAGAGGUUGUCAAUCGAAUACUGUUCUCGGGCAGUGCUGACCACACGGCUCGUUGCUGGGUUAUCGAUUACGGCGACUGCACAAGGAGAUACACCGGACACAAACAUUGCGUUAAGACGAUGCUUGUGGCAGCAGGAAUCCUUAUUACAUGUUCUGGAGACUUCACAGCACGUGCAUACGAUUCUAAAACUGGAAAGGUUAAAAGAGUGUUCAAAGGCCACACAUCACCUAUAAACGCUGCAGUGGCCAGCAAGGGAAGGUUGUACACAGCAGCGAAUGACGGAAGCAUCCGAAUAUGGGAUGCAAGCAAGAUCAGGGAUGAUGAGGAUUUAGAUGAAGAAGAAAUAGAGAGUACAGAGAACAAUAACUAAAUAAUUUAGCUAAUUGCUCACAGCUACUAUUAUCUCGCAGCUGUACACUUGCACCCUUGAAAAAAUAACAACAAUAACAACAUAUAUACGUUUUCAACAACUGUAGCUAGCCUCUUCCCUAAGGUCUAUAAUUCUGAAUAGCCUGGGUCACGUAUGGCACGUGCUUGCUUUUACUGCAUUGCAAUCUUAUUGCAAUCUUAAACCUAAAUGUAGUAAAAUUCAUGUAAGAAUCACGUUGUUUUACACUUCCCCUGGGAUACUUUUGGAAAAAAAUUCCUAAUAAUUUCUUGUACAGUGAGGCUUAUCAUGAAUGUAGAUUUACCACCAACGUUAAGAAAAGUAAUUUUUAAACCUAUUGCUGCUCUGAUGUACAUAUAUCUUUAAUGACAGCGAUUGUUGAAAGCUAUUCUGAAUGUUUAAUGCACUGAAACAUUUGAUUUAGCUUUCCCCACAUUUAAUUUGUAAUUGUCGUAUCACAGAAUGUCGUUUCAGUUUUAAAAAACAGAAGGUUUCUGAAUACUAUGUAGCCCACACAUACAAGGAAGAAA